GCGCGAGACGGACCGGACGGCCGCCGCCCCGGAGCGGGCCUUCGCGGCGCUGCCGUCGUGGUCGGGCCUGAUUGACGUCGUGCCGUUCGAGCCCGCCAAGUUGGCAGAGGGCAAGAAGGUUCAGGCAGGUUUGGAGCCCACGCGCAAGAUGCUCGACAAGACAACUGGUAGCGCUGACUGCUUCCUGGUCCAGAUGCUCGCGAGAGUUGUAUCGCUCACUGAUUACGACGCGCGUCUGGAGGGGUGGGGCGGCGCCGAGGUCGAGGCAGAGAACUUGACGGAGUUGCAGGAGCCGCAGCCGCGUGGGGCAUUGCGCUGCCCCUUCUCGGCUGCAGCUGUGGGGCCAUCUGGCGAGGCGGGCGUCUGCGUCUGCAGCGCGCAGCAUGGUGCCAGCUGCAAGUUGUCGCAGGCCCAUUGGCCGAAGAUAUUUGGCUUCCUGGACCCUCGCCUUGGGGUCAGCUCGGUCCACGUUGUUCACUCUUGUCCUGUUCGCAUCACUGUCCAGAUGAACUUUGUGGGGUUCAGUGCGGCGUACUUUGUGGGGUUCAGCCCUGGCACCAUCGUCUGGAGUUCAGUGUCCAGCCUACGCCGCAAAGUCCUGCAUCUGCCAGGCCGCGUCGCGGCGCCCUUCAAGCUGGUGGACAGCGCGUUCCCCGCCGUGAUCAGGCCCGGGGGUGGCGGCCAACCGGGGCGGGAGACGGCGGCAGAGCUCGGCCCGCGUGCUUGCGAGGGCCUCGCGGUGGGCAUGGUCGCUGUUCCUGCCUCGCCCCUGCCCGCGCCGUGCACGCCCCCGCCGGCGCCGUCCACGCCACCAGCCGCGGGCAUUACGGCAGCACCGAUUCAGGACGAGACGGCCGCCAUGCGAGCGGAACUCACGAGGUUGCAGGCGGAGAACGCGAGCUUGCGGGAGGAAGCUCGUGUUUCGGUCCCCGGCGGCGCCGUGGAGGUGGCUGCAGUGGGCUGCGGCGAGAAUCCGGCCGAGGCGACUGCGACCGCGGCCUGGGAGUGGAAGAGCUGGGGUACGGAGUCCAGUGCGGGCGCUGCAGUGGACGAGUCCUGGCAGCCGCCUGCGCGUGCAUGUGUUCAGGCGCGUGGCGCCGGAGGGGGCCGCAACUGGUCUCGCUGGGAGGAGGACUCUUGGGGCGGCCAUUCCUGGGGCAGUCCUGGUGGAGAUGCCUCGGACGGCGGGGCGGGCUGGUGUACAACAGCGCAAGAGGAGGCCAAUGAUCAGGACUUGUACUCGGGCGUGGGAUGGGCGCAGAAAAGGGCAGGACAUGGGUACGAUACGGCUGACGAGCCCGACAGGUUUCGCGCGGCGAGCAUUGGGCUGAACUUUGAUUCGCCGCCCGACUUCAAGCCGGAGCAUUAUCGCACUGCCAGGUUCUUCAAAGCGCCAUGCACUUGCAGGUACGCGCACGAGGGCACCAAGAGACACGACAGCUUCUCGUACGGCGCUGGCGACUCUUACGAGACCGAGGUGUUCGGCGAGCUGGAGAAGUUCCUGACGGAGUCACUCGGCUUGUCGCAGGCGUCUGAGUUGCCAAACUGCUGGGCGGUGAACGCUUAUGAUGAUCCUUCCGAGUACAUCAGCUGGCACGCGGACGACAGGGAGUUGUUCGAGUCGGCGGGGAGGGAGGCCAACCUUCUGUCAGUUCCACUGGGCGCUGACGGCCUCGUCGGCUCCCAGGCGGCGCCGCGCGGCCCUCCGGCGACGGACGCCUUCAAGGCUACAGGGGCGAAGCUGGCGAGUCAGCGCGCAGAGCGCGAGCUGCUCGGCGCGGCUCAUCUGGGGCGCGGAACCUUGGCUUUGACGGGCGGAAGGUUCAAGAGAGACCUCCAACAGUGCAUUACUGCCGCUUCCAACUGGACCUCGCGCUGGACCGCUGGCACUCGCGCGCAGAAGCGAUGCUGCGCGGAGCCGACGGCUGCGAAGCCGCGCAUCAACCUCACCGGCCGGCGGGCCCGCAAACACGCCGCCGGGUGCCCUUGCGAGCGCGGGCUUUCGUCGGUCAUCCAGGCAGCGCACUCAGGUUCGCGGCGUUGUGACGCGGCUGCGACUGCAUCCGCGCAUUGGCCACCUUUCGCCGAGACAUCCAGCGCCCCCGCGAAGCUCCUGGGCGCCGCUGCAGCGACUCCCGUUCUGGCGCCGGCGCCCGAGGUGCUCGCGCCGACACCCAGCGCGCUUGCGACCGCGUUUGUCACCCAGCAGCGGCCGCUCGCCGUCGCGCCGGCAGCUGCCCCCGCGAACGACGCAGCUGCGGUCGAGUACGCGCACGAUGGCACCAAGAGACACGACAGCUUCUCGCACGGCGCUGGCGACUCUUACGAGACCAAGGUGUUCGGCGAGCUGGAGAAGUUCCUGGCGGAGUCGCUCGGCUUGUCGCAGGCGUCUGAGUUGCCGAACUGCUGGGCGGUGAACGCUUAUGAUGAUCCUUCCGAGUGCAUCAGCUGGCACGCGGACGACAGGGAGUUGUUCGAGUCGGCGGGGAGGGAGGCUACAGGGGCGAAGCUGGCGAGUCAGCGCGCAGAGCGCGAGCUGCUCGGCGCGGCUCAUCUGGGGCGCGGAACUUUGGCUUUGACGGGCGGAAGGUUCCAGAGAGACCUCCAACAGUGCACUAUUGCCGCUUCCAACUGGACCUUGCUCUGGACCGCUGGCACUCGCGCGCGGAAGCGAUGCUGCGCGGAGCCGACGGCUGCGAAGCCGCGCAUCAACCUCACCGGCCGGUGGGCCCGCAAACACGCCGCCGGGCGCCCCUACGAGCGCGGGCUUUCGUCGGUCAGCCAGGCAGCGCACUCGGGUUCGCGGCGUUCUGACGCGGCUGCGACUGCAUCCGCGCAUUGGCCACCUUUCGCCGAGACAUCCAGCGCCCCCGCGAAGCUCCUGGGCGCCGCUGCAGCGACUCCCGUUCUGGCGCCGGCGCCCGAGGUGCUCGCGCCGACACCCAGCGCGCUUGCGACCGCAUUUGUCACCCAGCAGCGGCCGCUCGCCGUCGCGCCGGCAGCUGCCACCGCGAACGACGCAGCUGCG